UCGCAUCGCCUUAAUUUCCAUUUUUUUUUUCGCGCUUCCACACCGCGCCACACGAGGAGGGUACAUAAAAGCCGAACCGAGGGAAGUCGCAGGAGUGCGUGGAGCAGCAGUUGGUGCGUUUUGUGCGUGUGGGCAGUGCGAGGCCGGCGGGCGUCGCGGCCGACCAUGGGGAGGACGCUGGACGUGCUGCUGGGGCGGACGACGAAGCAGACGGUGCGGCUCAAGUCGAUGCUGGGGCUCGCGGUGACGCGCCUCGGCGUGCUGCGCGGGCACAGGCAGGUGCGGUGCGCGCAGGCGCGCGGCGACGUGGAGCAGCUGCUCCGCCUCGGCCACCCCGACCGCGCGCUGCUCCGCGCCGAGCAGGUCAUCCGCGAGCAGAACACGCUCGACGUCUUCCUCAUGCUCGAGGCCUACUGCAACCUCAUCACCGAGCGCGCCGCUCUCGUGGACACGCACAGGGAGUGUCCCGAGGAGCUGCGUGAGGCGGCGGCGGGUUUGAUUUACGUGGCGGCGAGGUGCGGGGACCUGCCGGAGCUGCAGGAGGUGAAGCGCCUCAUGGCGGCCAAGUUCGGCAGGGAGUUCGUCUCCGCCGCGGCCGAGCUCCGCAGCGGCUGCGGGAUCAAUGCCAAGAUCGUGCAGAAGCUGUCGACCAAGCAGCCGAGCCUGGAGAGCAGGCAGAUGGUGCUCCAGGAGAUCGCCGCGGAGAAAGGGAUCGCCGGCGUCGUGCACGUCGUCCACGAGCCUUCCUCCUACGAUGACUCGAGCUUAAGCCAGAGGAGGAAGAGGCACGGCGACGAGAGGCACAGGGUGCACCAACCGCAGGUCGACCUCGAGGAAGAAGGCUCUUCGAGGUACAGAAACGUGGAGGCGGCGGCGCAGGCCGCGUUUGAGUCGGCGGCCACCGCGGCGGCCGCUGCCAAGGCCGCUAUGGAGCUCUCGCGAGGCGAGUCCAGGGGCUCCGGCGACGAUGACAGCAGGAGCCCGGGAGGCGUGCAUGCCCACAGGACCGACGAAGAGACGCUCGCCGCCGGCGAAGUUUUGGGUGAUGGCAAGAAGUCCGGUAGAAUCGGACGUGUCAGCCUUGCCCGGAACUACAGUUCAGAGAUCGAGGUUUCGGCUGACGACGAGCUAGUCCGCCAUGAGAAGGCUGCAGAGAACGAGUCGAAGUCGAAGUCGAAGCAGCCGGGUCUGACCAGGAGCAUGCCGGUAUCAGUCAGAACAAAGAGGGGAAGUUAGCUGCAACCAGAUGGCGGCAACAAAGAGGAGAGACGGUUUCUUGAAUUCGUAAUAUGAAGUUGCUGUUAUAAUUUUGCAGAUUCAUCGUUCGUUAGAUCCUAGGCCUGUAGGCCAUUGCAUGUAUGUACUGUAAAUGAGGUAAAAAAGAAAAAGAGAGAACUUGAUUCAGAUAUUAUUCAUCAAUUAGUAGAGGGGAGCAGAAGUCAGCAUUGUAUAUUGAUGGUAGCUAGGCUUCAUCAUUACUUGUAGAUAUAUUAGAGGAUGAAUGAUUUUUCUAUUACAACAA